AUGUCAGCCCUAUGGCAGGAAGCGAAGAAUCCAGAGGGACGAGUUUACUACUACAAUGUUCAAACAAAAGCCACCCAAUGGACCAAACCAGUAGAGAUGAUGACACCAGCCGAAAGGGCCCUACAAGAUCUGCCAUGGAAGCAACACAAAUCCGAAGAAGGUCGCCCCUACUGGUACCAUGAGGAGACUAAACAGACCACCUGGGAGAUGCCCGAGGCCUAUAAAGCUGCUUUGGAGAAAACACAGGCGCCUAUAGGAUUGUCUCAUAUUCCGCAGCAAACCUUCGUCGCCGGGGGCACACAAAAUUUCAACAAUCAUUACGAAAACAAUGACCGCCAGGUAGCCCUCCAGGGUGCGCAUAUGGACACCAGCAUCGAUGGCGCUGCUAAGCCCAUGUCUCUUCCCUCUGCUUUAGCUAAUGAUAAAGAUGGUCCACAAUAUUCCUCCCAUGACGAAGCCGAGGCGGCAUUUAUUAAGCUUUUGCGUCGCACUGGAGUGGCGCCAGACUGGUCGUGGGAGCAAACGAUGCGCACAAUUAUAAAGGAGCCGCAGUAUCGUGCUUUAAAGGAUCCUAAGGACAGGAAGGCAGCCUUUGAGAAGUAUAUUGUCGAACUCAAACAGCAGGAGCAGGAGAAAGCAAAGGAUAGGAUCACGAAGCUGAGACAGGACUUUGCAGUCAUGUUGAAGAGUCAUCCCGAAAUUAAAUAUUACACUAGGUGGAAAACUGCGCGACCCAUGAUCGAGGGCGAAACGAUUUUUCGAUCUAGUUCAGACGAAAGCGAACGUCGCCAAUUGUUUGACGAGUACAUUGUAGAACUUCGAAAGGCUCAACAGGAGCGUGAGCAGCAAGCACGAAAGGAAGCAUCAGAGGAGCUGGUUGGCUUACUUAAGUCACUUGAGUUGGAGCCAUAUACACGUUGGUCAGAAGCCCAGGCGAUCAUCCACGCGAAUGAACGUUUCCAGUCUGAAGAGAAAUUCCAGGCAUUGUCCAAACUUGAUGUGUUGAACGCUUUCGAAAACCAUAUCAAAAUGCUCGAGAGAACAUUCAACGACAAAAGGCAGAAGGUCAAAAACACGAAAAUGAGAAAGGAGAGGAAGUGCAGGGAGGCCUUUACGGCACUUUUGAGCCAACUUCGUACUAAAGGUGACAUCCGAGUCGGAACAAAGUGGAAACAUAUUCACCCGUUAAUUAAGGAUGACGAACGGUAUCUCAAUAUGCUCGGCCAACCUGGCUCUACGCCUCUCGAUUUGUUUUGGGACAUUAUGGAAGAGGUUGAGAGAGACAUAAGAUUGAAAAGGAACCUAGUUUUGGAUAUCUUGGAUGAGAAACGAUUUGAAAUCAGAGAGCAAACUACUCUUGAAGAUUUGGAAAGUGUGCUGAAAUCUGACCAUCGUACAGCACAAUAUGACCGUGAAACGAUGGCUGCUCUAUUCGAAAAACUUCGUGAGAAGAUUGUAAAGCGUAUCGAGGACGAUCGUCAUCAGCAGGAACGUCAUGCACGCCGCAAAAUGGAUGCUCUAAGGUCUGUUAUGAAACACCUUGAGCCUCCGAUUGAUGUGACGGAUACGUGGGAACAAGUCCGUCCUCGUAUCCAAAAAAUGGAUGAAUUUAUAGCACUUGAUCCAGAAGAAUUGCGUCGUACAGCAUUCGAUAAGUUCAUUCGUCGGCUUAAGGAUAAACACGAAGAUAGGGAAAAGGAAAGAGAGCGAAAAGAGAAGGAUCGUGGGGAUAGAGAUCGCGGUGACAGAGUGCGGGAAAAGGAUAGGGAUGGGCGAGCUUAUCGUGGAGAUGCUGCUGUUGAACCUCGUAAUGGUCACCGCUCAAGCGCUUCCUACCAUAAACCCACUGAUUCUCGUCAUCAUCGUGACUCCCACCAUAGUCGAUCUCCAGAGCCUGACGCAUAUGAGGCAGAAAGAAGGAGGGCCGCUGGUGAAAGAGAAAGGGUGUAUCAACAUAGGGGAAGUGUAGCGAGAAGCACUUCGCAUCAUCGCUCUGAAAGAGGGGAGACGAGAAGGCCCGAUAGUAGACAUAGACACGAUAGAGACCGAGCGGAAAGUGUCUACGACAGAGAGCGAAGAGAGAGGGAAGAAGAGAGAGAGAGGCUUUAUAGGACUAGAGGUGACGAUGAGUAUCGCAUUAGAAGAAGAGCUAGGCCUUUAAGUCCUACAGAAGAAAGUGAUGAUGGUAGAAGGGAUUCAAAGAGAUCGAGACGGGAAAGAACCCCUAAGGAGAGGACCCCCAGGGCAAGAACACCUGACGAAAGGACUCCAGGGGGCUAUGACUAUCCCAGAGAUGUCCGUUCUCCGACCGUAAAGGCAUCUACAAAACAACCUGAAAAGAUGCAACUUGAUGAGAAGGCAGAAGAAAGCGAAGAGGGCGAAAUCGCAGAGUAA